GGGAUGCUAACUGGCAACCAGCCAUGUAAAUAGUGAGCAGAGGAUGCUAGGUGUUAAAAGCUCCAGGCGGACAGCUGCUCCUGGCUAACUGAUGCCAGGAUGAAACCUCUAACUGUAGCUGGAGCAUUAAGUUCUCUGUGCUUACCUGAGCACCUGUAGCCAUGGAUGGUUCUAAAAACGCCUCCUUCCCCACCAUCGGGGAGCUGGAUGAUUAUCUUAAUGAGCAUGAUUCGAACUUCAUCUGGCUACUUGUUGCCACCAUUCUGUCCUGUGGAUGGAUCAUCUAUUUAACUUAUUACAACUCUCGCAACAUCGGCCUCUUCCUCACCCUUAUCAUCAACAGACUUUACAAGGAUGGCUACAUUCACAUUGGUUCCUUCUCCUUCUCAGUUCUGUCAGGAAAAGUCAUGUUCAGAGAGGUCUACUACAUCAACCAGGACAUGUCCAUCAGGAUUCAGGACGGCUUUCUCAUAUUUCGCUGGUGGAAAAUGUACAACCCAAAACAGAAGCAGCACGAUCCAAAAGCAGAGACCAGGCUUUAUGUGACGGUCAACGGCUUCGAGUUUCACGUCUACAACCGGACCGACCUCUACGCGCGGCUGCAGGAGACGUUUGGACUGGAGCCCACGCUUCUCACCACCAAGAAGGAGGAGGAGCGGGGACAGGAGGAGCGGGCCGAACCCCUGGAGAGUGUGAACAUCAGUGCGGAGAGUCCAGAACCCACGUCGUCAUGGCGAUCCCUCAUCCCUGUGAUUAAACUCAACAUCAGUACGGGCCGUGUGGCGUUCGGGAACCACCACCUCCCUCAGACGCUGUGUGUGAACUUUGAAGACGCCUUCCUUACGUACGCCACCAAGCCGCCGUCCAGCCACCUAGACCAGUACAUGCACAUCGUGAAAGGAUCGUUGGAGAACGUGCGCGUCAUGCUGGUUCCCAGUCCGCGCUACCUAGGAAUGCAGAACGACGAACCCCCCCGACUGAUGGGCGAAGGCUUCGUGGUGAUGCAGUCCAAUGACGUUGACAUCUACUACUACCAGGACGAACCAGGUCUGGUCCCGUUGGAGCAGGAGGGAGUGGGGGAGGCAGAGACGAGCAGCGAGGAUGAUAAGCUGCAGGACCUUCCUCCAUGCUGGGGGCUCGACAUUGUUUGUGGUAAAGGAACCGACUUUAACUACGGACCGUGGGCCGACCGGCAGAGGGAUUCCCUUUGGAAGUUCUUCCUCCCGGCCGACUACCAGGUCAUGGAUGUGAGCGAGGUCCCACAGCCGGGAAAACCCCGCCAGAUCCAAGCCUUCGAGCUCCGCAUGAACAUCAUCGCCGACGCCACUAUUGACCUGCUGUUCACCAAAAACAGGGAAACCAAUGCCAUCCAUGUGAAUGUAGGCGCAGGCUCGUACCUGGAAGUCAACAUCCCCAUGACCGUGGGAGAGAAUGGCUACUCUCCCACCAUCAAAGGUCAGCUGCUCCAUGUGGACACCACCAGCAGCAUGCAGUACAGGACCCUCCUGGAGGCAGAGAUGUUGGCUUUCCAUGUGAUCGCCAGCUACCCCCGCGUGUGGAACAUGCCCCAGUCCUGGCAGUGCGAGAUCGAGGUCUACAAAGCCACCUACCACUUCAUCUAUGCUCAGAAGAACUUCUUCACAGAUUUAAUCAAGGACUGGGCGAGCGACAGCGCCCCAGACAUCUACUCUUUUGUUCCCUAUUCCUGGAAGUUCAAGAUUCUCUUCCACCAGUUUGAGAUGAUCUGGGCAGCAAACCAGCACAACUGGAUCGAUUGUUCCACCAAGCAGCAGGAGAACGUGUACCUGGCAGCCUGUGGCGAGACGCUCAAUAUAGACUUCACUCUGCCUUUCAACGAGUUCGUUCCGACCACCUGCCACACCCGCUUCAGCCUCAGGGCCGAGGAUACAGACAUGCGACUGUCGCUUCCGGAGUGCCACCCGAGCCGCUACCCCCUCCUCACUUUGGCCAAAGAUUACCAGAACAUCAAGCUGCCGCCUGACAUGUUUGUGUCCGGGGAGAACCAGGGAGGGCCCCCUCCGAAGCCUGGGAAGCCGCGCUGGAGGCACAUCACCAAUGCAGAAGCUGGCUGGGUGGACUGCUGGAGCGUGCCAAACUUCCUGCUCAUCAUCGACUACACCUGGCACCCGAUUUAUCCCCAGAAGGCAGACGAACAGCUCAAACAGUCAUUCUCUGAGAUGGAGGAGUCCAUGCUGUCGGCCCUGCGGCCCCCGGAGCAGAGCUCGGCUCCGCGCUACACCUCCAGCUCCGCUUCGGCCGCUCACAGCCGGGCCCCCGCCGACCCAUCGGAGCUGCCCCCCGACAGACUUCACGUGGAGAUGGAGAUUUCCCCGGAUUCUCAAGUUCUUCUCUACGGGCCGAUGCUGCGAGCCCUGCUGGCCAUCAAGGAAAACUACUUUGGGGAAGACGACAUGUACACGGACUUCGAGGAGGCAGUCUCCAGCCCGGUUCUGUCCACGGCGACGUCCUCGGGCCUCGGCUGGAUGGAUGACGGCGAGCAGAAGGACGGCUCAGACGCCCACCCUCUGGACCUGCGUCCCUGGGACAUCACGGUGCUCAUCAACCUCUACAAAGUCCACGGCCGGCUGCCGGUGCACUGCAGCAGCGAAGGUCCUGAAGGCCCGUCUGGCUUCCUGGAGCGGCUCUGCUUUGAAAUGAAGAAGGGUUACAAGGAAACGAUGCUGCAGAUGAUCCUGUCGUCAGUGACAACUACCAGGUACCCGAUCGGGCAGAGACGGCCCACGGCGGACGGAGUGCUGAGAGACGGCCACCUGAGUCUCUCCGGGCUGCAGAUGAGGGCCCACGCCAUGUUCUCCGCACAGGGCCUCCCGGUGGCCAGCGACACCUUGGAGUACGCGUGGCUCAUCGACGUGCAGGCCGGGGCGCUCAGCGGCAGGGUCACGGUUCCUCAGCUGGCCAGCAUGGUGGAGUGGGCAGAGACCUUUGUUUUCCACGUGGUUUCUCAAGAGUUCCAGCUGGAGCAGCCAAAGCCCUCCAUCGUCUGCCAGCACGGCGUUGAUCGCCGCAUCUGUGACGCCAAGCUGAGCUGCCUGCCUGGUCACUGCCGCACAUCUGAGGAGCUGAAGUACACCAUGACCCGGCUGGCCGUGGAUGGAGCCGACCUCUUCAUCGUGGAGCAUGGUUGUGCUGCCAACGUCAGGACGGGCAUCAUCCGAGUCGCCAACUGCAACCUGCACAACCAGGCGGUGGGGGAGGGGAUCAGCGCCGUGGUGCAGGACGUGAACAUCCGGCAGUACAUCGAGCAGCUGGCCGGUCAGGGUCAGGGUCCGGGUCAGCCCCCGCUGCUCCGCCGCUCCGUCUGGCUGGAGGCGGGUUCGGUCAACCUGAACCUCGUCACGGCGGAUAUCGCCCUGGCCGCCGACCACCCGGCCAAAUGUGAAGUCCAGAGACAGUUUCUGGAGCUGCAUGACGCCCAAACCAAGAGGCUCUGGUUCCUGUGGCCCGAAGACGCCAACAUUCGCACCAAACGAAGCCGGAACCGCUGCGGCUGCCUGGGAGGCUGCAGGUUCUUUGGAGGAACCAACAUGGGUCUGGACUUCUUCAGGCUGGAGGAGCUGACUCCCUCCUCCUCGACGGCCUUCGCCUCCUCCAGCGCCGAGUCGGACAUGAGCUACGGCCAGUCGCUGCUGCAGCCUGGGGAGUGGAUCAUCACCAAGGAAACGCCUAAAGUGGACGGUAAGGUUGUUGGGAUUAAAAGAGACACACACUCCCCCAACCUGCCCCCCGAGCUUCCAGAGAGGCGUGGUCAGCAACACCUCAGCCUUCAGGUUCCUCAGCGCUCCCACAGCUCCGCCUCUUCCUCAGAGGAAAACAGCUCGUCCAGCGCCGCCCUGCCUCUGCUGGCUGCAGGGAGAGACUCCCCCUCACCGAGCACCGAGGAGCGCGCCCUCCCCGUCUGCAGCAGGAACCACACAGACGCUUUGGGGGACGUCCCGGAGAUCUCCCCCGUCUCCCCCAACAGCUCCCAGGAUCGUGUCUCUGUACGAUCGCCUCUCUGCUCUCCCCUCAAGCGGCAGUCGUCCGUCCACUCCGGCCGGCUGGGCAGCACUAAGAGCCUCUCUGCUGCCGUCUUCGCUGACAAGCCGCCCCCAGUGCUCUCCGGUGGCGUCGGCGGCGUCCAGUUCAGCAGCGAGGUUUCCCGCAGCGACGAGAACGUCCUGGACUCCCCUCGCCAGCGCCGAAGCUACGGCUCCUUUCCCUUCACGCCGUCUGCAGACUCCAACUCCUUCCAUCAGUACCGCUCCGCCGACUCCAGCAUGUCUGUGGCCGAGAGCGAGGCAUACUACUCGGCCACAGAAGACUUUGAGCCAAUCAGCAGCGCCGACGAGGGUCCAGGGACGUACCCAGGCCGUAAGAAGAAGAGGAGGCAGCCGCCGCAGCAGCCUCCGUAUCACAUGGAGAACUACAGCCGGAGCUCCAUCUACCACAGCGUUGAAGGUCCCCUCACCUAUGUCCUCAACGGGGAGCUGAUCACCGAGCCGCGCCCUCUACCUCCGCCCCCCAUCCUGCCCCCGCUGCCUCCACAGCCCCUGGCCACCCACACCUCCCAGGCCUCCUUCGUCUCGGCCCUGGCUAUGGAGGAGGAAAGCUCUGUGGAGACGGAGAAGACGGCUGAGCCCGGCCCGGUCACCUGCCAGCCCCACGUUAUGGCGUGCUACCAGAACUACCUGGGCCAUUAUCAGGUUUCAAACUGGUCCGUCAAGCAGCCGACCAAUAAGAGGACUUCUAAAUCCUCCCUGCAUCGACCUCUGGAUCUGGACACGCCCACAAGUGAAGAGAGCUCCGCCUCCUUUGACCAGCUGUCGGUUCCCACCUUUAAGGUGAUAAAGCCGGGCCUCUCAGCCAGCUCCCUGCUCGACCGAGGACUUCAGCUGAUGGGUGAAAACAGCAGCACUCCAUACACCCCCCUGGAUAAGAGGGCCAUGGAGAACACUGACGAGGACACCGCCACAGACGACUGGUCUCUGGAGCAGCCGCUGGCCCAGACCAGAACCACGGCCAUCGUGGAGGUGAAGGGGGCCGUCAAUGUGGUUCUGACCCCCCUGGUGGCCGAGUCCCUGGACAGAUACAUCGAGUCCAUGGUCCACUUCGCCAGCAUCCGGCAUCCGGCAGCGAUUCUGGACGACCUCCAUGAGAAGGUUCUGAACGAGGCCUAUCAGAUCAGCAAGUCCACGGUCACCGAGUCGAGCCAGCAGGCGCUCAAGCAGGAGCAGAAGCUCUCCAAGACCGAGGCAGCCAAUGGGCAGACUGAGCUGUCCAUCAAACCCGACAACGUGAAAAUAAAGGGCCUCCAAGCCAACGUCUCCAUCCCUAAGGUGAACCUGUGCCUCCUGCAGGCGUCUGUGGAGGAAGUCUCGCCUUCCUGCUCCUCUAAAUGCAUCCCUCAUGUGUCUCUGGUGGCGCUGUGCUUUGACCGGAUCGCCACCCAGUUCAGGAUGAACAGGGGGAUCGUAGAGGAGACGCCGAACACCACCGAACACGGCCGACCCUCCGUCAUGCUGGAGAAGUACGCCUCGGCCACCAAAAUGCAGCCGCAGUCGUCCGGGUCGCUGCGUUCCAACGCCGGCAUCGAGAAGGGCAAAGAGAUCGCAGCCAGACUCAACAUCCACAGGAUCCACAGCCAGCUGCGAGGCCUCGACUCCACAGAUAUCGGGACGUUCGCCAUCACAGCCAUCCCCUUUGAGAAGUCAAAGGUUCUUUUUGGUCUGGAGGACAUGGAGGAGUUCUCCUUGGUGGACGAAACCGACACUCAGGCGGCUCAGGGUGACCCGGCCCGAUCCGCUGCGUCCCUGGAGAAAUGGGGCUGGAUCAUGUUUGAGUGCGGCAUUGAGAACCUCACCGUCAAAGGGGGCCGCCAGUCCGGAGCCGUCCUCUAUAACGCCUUCGGAGUGAUGGGCCACUCGGAUCCCACCGGGAAGAACGGGACCACCAAGUCCAACGGCUCCACCGGCUCUCAGACGGGAAGCGGAUACAGCACCGACGUCUCCGAUGACAACCUGCCGCACGACGUGCUCGGCCCCAACUCAGACGCCAACGAGCACUCGGACUCAGAUGAGCAGGAUGAAGGAGUGGAGUCAGACGACCUGAAGAAAGACCUUCCCCUCAUGCCUCCGCCGCCAGACUCCAGCAGCAUGAAGCUGACCAUCAGGGAGAUCUGGUUCAGCUUUGCUGCUCCCACCAACGUGCGCUCAGCAUCUCAGACCAUCUCCAGACAGUUGAACCUGCUCAGCACGGCGACGCCAGCCAUCGGAGCCUGGCUGGUUCCCAUCGACCAGCUGAAAUCCUCCCUGCGUAAGCUGGACAUGGAGGCCACGCUGCGAGUCUGCGCCGUCAUGGGCUGCAUCAUGACCGAGGCUCUGGAGAAAAAGAGCAUCCACAUCCCGAUCCGCAGCAAGUAUAACCGAGUCACGAAGCGGGCUCGCUACCUGCACGAGAACCCCUCCUGCAUGCUGUGCAACAUCCUGCACCGCUAUCUGCAGCAGGCGGACUACUCCGUUAUCGAGGAGGCCACCAUGAACGACGGAGUUCCUGCCCUGGUCACCCUGAAGAAGGGUCUGGUUGCUUUGGCCAGACAGUGGAUGAAAUUCAUCGUUGUAACUCAGGGCUUUAAGGCCAUUGGUCUGAUGGGUCCCAACCAGCUGAUCAAAGCCAAAGAGGCCCAGCAGAACCGGGCCGAUGCAGUUCUGGGUCUGGAUAAUGGAGCCGCGCUGCAGAGCGACACCAGCGCUGACGGAGCGGAGUUUGAAUUUGACGCAGUAAGUGGUGCUCUUCUGCUCAUCUGCUCUCGUUCUGGCUCCCAUCCCUACCAGUCACUGAGCUACACCAGCGGCGACACGGCGGCCGACUCGCCGGCCCACGUGAGCCGCGCCGGCCUGCCGGCCAAGGACAGCCCACGUAAAGAGAGCCUCCUCAGCAACCUGACCGGCAGCUUCCGGAGUCUGCACAACCUGCUGGAGGGCACGCCUCAGAGGAACGACGCGUCUGCGGCCGCGGCGGCCAAGAGCAGCUCCCUCACCCGCACAGCUGGGAUGUGCAACCUGCCCACCAUCCCCUCCGCCUCAGACUUCAACACGGUGCUGUCCAGCGACCAGAACACGCUGGACGGCACCCAUUCCCAGCACUCCCAGCACAGCACCAGCCAGGAGGACAUCAUGGACAUCGAGGAGGGGAACCAGUGCCCUGCUGCCGUCCAGCUGGCUGACGCUCAGGUUGUUUUCAAACCCCUGCUGAGCUACACGGGUAUCCAGGCCCAGGACGCCACCCCACUCAGCUACAAGAUGUAUUUCGGAGAACAUCUGUCCUUUUCUGGGAACCUGGACUGUCUGAGAGCCGACAUUGUGGACUCAGAUACGUCCAAAGAGCGGAAAAACAAGCGAUCCAGGAGACAGGGCACGGUCAACCUCCCCCCCCUGGAGUUCAAGCCCGCUCUGUUGAUCGAGACCUUCAGUGUGAACGCCGUGGUGAUGGAGAAGUCCACAAGCUGCCCUCAGGGCCCCACGGCGGCUCCACUCUCCUUCCACGACCUCAACCGCCGCCACUAUAACACCUUCCACUGCGACUUCACCACCGCCUGCCAGGCCAUCAGCCAGCGCGUGGACAUGGCGCUGGUCCGCCUCAUCCACCAGUUCAGCACCAUGAUCGACGACAUCAAAGCCACGCAGACCGACAUCAAGCUGAGCCGCUACACCGCCGGCUCCACCUCCCCGACGCCGACCUUUAAGGCCCGGCCGUACCGACACAUCCUGUCCUCGGACUUCAGCCGGAGCUCCCGGGGCAGCCUGAACGGAGCGGGCCGCGGCGGGACCCAAACGCUGAAAGGAAGGAGAGCGGGCGGAGGAAGUGGGGCGCCGCCUAACGGACCUCCGUCAGGCAUGGACACGCUGGGGAGGCGGGAGCCAAGGGGGCGGAGCUCCCUCGGUCGCUCAGAGCGCCGCACCUCUAAGGUGUCCAGGAAGGGCUCUCGAGACGUGGCCGACCACAUGCCCAUCCAGAUGGACGACUCGGACUCCAUCACAGUGUCGGAGCAGAGCGAGCCGUCGGCAGAGUGCUGGCAGAACAUGUACAAGCUGCUCAACUUCUACUCCCUCAUCUCUGAUCCCACCGGCAUUCUGGAGAAGAGCUCCCCAGAGAACUGCCAAUCAGAAGGUGGCCGGCGUCCCUCCGAGCCGCUGUGUAAAGUUAUCUAUGAAAACGAGCAGCAGGAGCCCGCCACGCCCAACAAGCCGGCCGGCGGGCGGCGGCGCAGCCUAGUGAGCACCGAGCCUCAGCACGUCACGCUGAUUGUGUUCGGCAUCGGCAUGGUGAACCGCACGCAUCUGGAGGCCGACAUCGGCGGGCUGACCAUGGAGGCGGAGCUGAAGAAGAUCCACGGCUCCUUCACCCUGAAGGAGAAGAUGAAGGACAUCCUUCACCAGAAGAUGACAGAGACGUGUGCUUCGGCUCACAUCGGAGGAGUAAACAUCGUCCUGCUGGAGGGGAUAACGCCCGACAUCCAACUGGAGGACUUUCCAACGUCUCCCACCAGCACGGCUAAGCAGGAGUUUCUAACCGUUGUCAAAUGCACCAUCGCCAAAUCUCAGGCGCUGUACAGCGCCCAGCGUGGCCUGAAGACCAACAACGCAGCAGUCUUCAAGGUGGGCUCCAUAAUGAUCAACAUCCCCCAGCACCCGGCCACCCUGCACAGCAUGAUGGUGCGCAGCUCCCACCAGCUCUCCAAGCAGAUCUCCGACCUCAUCCGCCAGCCCUCCAACACCCAACCUCACCGAGAGGACACACCCACUCCCCAACCUUCAGACAAAGCCUCCAGCAUCAACCAGACCCCCGUAGAGGCCAACGAGUUCCCGCAGCUUCCUGAGGGACUGGAGAAGAAGCCCAUCGUGCUCAAAUUCAGCGCCAUCAUGGACGGCAUCACCAUCGGUGCGGCGCUGUUGCCUUCGCUGAAGGCCGAGUACAAAAUGGGUCCAGUGAAAAGCCACGGGAUGACAGGAGCCCAAACCAGUUUCACCUUCGAGCUGCCAAACCACAAGCUGUGCUUCCAGUCCAAAGUGUCCCCAGUGGACAUGUCCACCAUGUCUCCCUCGGCCAGCCUCACUUUGCCUCCCAUCACCAUGUCAGGGGAGUACAUCAUGGAGGACCACGAGAGCCACUCGGACCAGAGCUGGGCUCCGGACGACUUCCCCACCAAGCAGGGGAACUACCUGCAGGGAAACUACCUGCGAUGCGUCGCCGAGAUUGGCUCCUUCGAACACAACCUGACGACAGACCUGCUCAACCACCUGGUGUUUCUGCAGAAGGUCUUCAUGAAGGAAGUGAAUGAAGUCAUCCAGAAGGUUUCAGGAGGCGAGCAGCCGAUCCCGCUGUGGAACGAACACGACACCUCAACGGACGCCGACAAGCCCAAGAUUCUGCUUUACUCACUCAGCCUCAUGUUCAAGGGAAUCCAGAUGACGGCCACUACGCCGUCGAUGCGGGCAGUGCGCUUCGAGACGGGCCUGAUCGAGCUGGAGCUGUCCAACAGGAUCCAGUGCAAGACACAGCCAGGGGGCAGCAGAAGUUACCUCAAGCUCUUCGGCAAAUGCCAGGUGGACCUGAACCUGGCCCUGGGACAGAUCGUCAAGCAUCAGGUGUACGAAGAAGCCGGGUCAGACUUCCACCAGGUGGCGUACUUCAGGACCCGGAUCGGUCUGCGAAACGCCCUGCAGGAGGAAAUAAGCUGCUCGUCGGACAAGGAGGCUGUGCUGAUAACGCUCAACAGGCCCAUCGUUUUCGCGCAGCCGGUGGCGUUCGACCGAGCUGUGCUCUUCUGGCUGAACUACAAGGCGGCAUACGACAACUGGAAGGAGCAGAGCCUGGCCCUCAACAAGGACAUCCACAUGGCCACCAGGGAGGUGGUGGACAAGCUGCCCGGCAUUCAGCAGACGUCAGCCCAGGCCUUCAGCACCCUCUUCCUGCAGCUCACCGUCAACGACCUGGGAAUCUGCCUGCCCAUCACCAACGCAUCGCAGGCCAACCACAGCAUUGACUUCGACACUGGCUCAGCUCUGGUCCUGACCAUCGAGAGCACGCUGAUCACCGCCUGCUCCUCGGAGUCUCUGGUGAGUAAAGGACACUUCAAGAACUUCUGCAUCCGCUUCGCAGAGGGCUUCGAGACGUCCUGGGACGACUGGAAGCCUGAGGUCCGGGGAGACUUGGUCAUUAACGCAUGCGUGGUCCCUGAUGGAACCUACGAGGUCUGCUCCAGGACGACGGGGCAGCCGUCUGCAGAGAGCAGCAGCGCCGGUACCUGGACUCUGAACGUGCUCUGGAAAAUGUGCGGCAUCGACGUUCACAUGGACCCGAACAUCGGCAAGCGCCUCAACGCCUUGGGAAACACGCUGACGUCGCUGACGGGCGAGGAGGACCCCGACGACAUCACUGACCUGAACUCAGUGAACAUGGGGGACCUGUCGGACGAGGACGAGACCGACACCAUGUCGCCCACCAUCCACAUGGAGAACCUGGACCCCCGCAGGCCGAUGAUGGGGAACCAGGUGAUCGACGCUCGGGGCAGGAAGGUCACCAAGAGGGUGGUGGACAUCCGGGAGCUGAACGAACAGGCCAAGGUUAUCGACGACCUCAAGAAACUGGGAGCCAGCGAGGGAACCAUCAACCAGGAGAUCCAGCGGUACCAGCAGCUGGAAUCGGUGGCUGUCCAGGACAUCAGGAGAGACGUCAGGAAGAAGCUGCGUCGUUCAAGCAUGAGGGCCGCCUCUCUGAAGGAUAAGUGGGGCCUCGGCUACAAACCCAGCUACAACCGCUCCAAAAGCAUCUCUGCAGCCGCAGGGCGGCCUCCUCUGAAGCGGGUCGACAAACAAAGCUCCAAGAUGGGGGAUGUGGAUGAUUUCCCAGAAGUCCGUGUGGAUGCUUCCUCCCCUGGACCCCGGGUCACCUUCAGCAUCCAGGAUCCGUUCCCAGAGGAGUCCGAGUGCGACCUGUUGUCCGUCACCAUCGACGGCCCAUCCCAUCCUCAUCCUCACCUCCAUCCUCCAUCCUGUGUCGAGGGCCAGCAGUCAGUUUUCAGUGCCCCCGCCACUCCUGCCGUCUUCUCACCCAGCAUUCCCUUCCAGCACUACGACAACCGGCGGGACGACCUGUCCUCUUCGUCCUCCGAGGACUCGGAGAAGGAGGAGUUUGAACGGGAGAGAGUGACCAGCUACCGCAGGCCUAUACGACCAUCAACUGGAACAGAAAGACAAAGUGAAUGUUUUGAUCUGUGGCGCCUUUUCAGGAGCUGCGACCGCAGCAUCCGCAGUCUGGACCAGGAUUCCCCCCCAAAGAAGAAGAAGCUCCAGCCGGCGUACACCUCCACCACUCACCUGCUGGCCGGGAAGAAAGCCCCCGCCACGCUGCAGACCAAAUCCAACGAGCUGGAGACCACCGUCUUCUACAUUCCAGGAGUGGACGUGAAGCUGCACUACAACUCCAAGACCCUGAAAACGGAGUCUCCCAACGCCUCGCGGGGAUCCUCUCUGCCCCGCACGCUCUCCAAAGAGUCCAAGCUGUAUGGUAUGAAAGAUAGCGGCUCUAUCAACCCUCCCCAAAGCAAGACUAACUCGCUCCUACCUCCCCCGCCCCCACCUAUUGCUACAGCCAAAGCUAAGACUGUUGGGGGGGUGAAGACGGCCAAGCUGUACGCGUGGGUGGCCCUUCAGACUCUGCCAGAGGAAAUGGUCAUCAGCCCUGCUCUGCUGGAUUUCCUGGAGAAAGCCUUGGAGACCAUUCCCAUCACUCCUGUGGACAGAAGCUACACAGCGGCGACCCAGGAGGAGGACAUGGGCCAGUUUGAGCCGGUGGAACCUCUGGAGGAAUCCACAACCUCCUUGGUUUCCUCCUCCACUUCCGCCUACUCUUCGUUCCCUGUAGACGUGGUCGUCUAUGUCAGAGUUCAGCCCUCUCAGAUCCGCUUCAGCUGCCUGCCCAUGUCCAGGGUGGAGUGCAUGCUCAAGCUGCCCUCUCUAGACCUGGUGUUCUCCUCUAACCGCGGAGAACUGGAGACCCCAACUGCAGCCAACCCCAUGGAGGGAUCCCACCCCCCUACGUCCACUCCGCCUGGGCAGCACGUCCCCAAGGUCCCCCCCAGUAAAGCGUCUCCGCUCCUGGGGAGCCCUUUGGGCCGGAGCCGCCACAGCAGCAGCCAGUCGGACCUCACGGGCCCCCCCACCAACUCCUCGGGCCUGAGCUUCACCGCCUGCAUGUCGGACUUCUCCCUCUACGUCUUCCAUCCCUACGGUGCCGGGAAGCAGAAAUCAGCCGUCACAGGCCUGCCUCCGGGUCCAGGACCGUUAGAUGACGAGCCAUCUUCGGUUACCGGAAGGAAAGACUCACUGUGCAUCAACCUGGAGUUUGUGAAAGUCAGUUUGUCCAGGAUGAGGAGGACCGGAGCUCCAACCUUCAUCGAAAGCUUUGUUACUCCUAAAGGAGGCAAACUGGACACCACCCUCAUUAACAUCUCAGCGGUGUGUGACAUCGGGUCGGCUUCCUUCAAGUAUGACAUGAGGCGGCUGAGUGAGAUCCUGGCGUUCCCCAGAGCCUGGUACCGACGCAGCAUUGCCAGGCGCCUCUUCUUGGGAGACCAGACCAUCAAUCUGCCCCCUUCUGGUCCCGCCACCCCAGACUCUGCUGAAAGCAUAGCCCAGCACCUCUCCCCCGAGUCCAGCCGGAAAGCCUACUGGAGGACAUGGGACGGCAGCAUGGGGACGCAUGUCCCCCACUCCCCCAACGUCUUCACAGAGCACUCCGCCGGGAGCAGCAUGUCCCCUGGCGGCCUGGGCCACCUGAGGUCCCCCGUGCCGGGGCGCACUCGGAGCGUGUCCGAUUCCUCCGCUCCCAGGAGGGAUUCUGUGACCAAAACCUCAACGCCGUCGUUUGGUAAGAACGGGAAGUCGUCUGGUCCACAGGGGUCGCCGUGGGAGACGCUGGUGGUGUUCGCCAUCAACCUGAAGCAGCUUACCGUGCAGAUGAACAUGAGCAACGUGAUGGGGAACAACACCUGGACCACCAGUGGCCUGAAAAGUCAGGGCCGCCUGUCUGUCGGCAGCAACCGGGACCGAGAGAUCAGCAUGUCUGUGGGCCUCGGCCGCUCCAAACUGGACUCAAAGGGAGGAGUGGUGGGCGGCAACAUCGACGUGAACACCCUGGAGAUGGUCUCUCAUAUCUCUGAGCAUCCCAACCAGCAGCCCAGCCACAAGAUCCAGAUCACCAUGGGCUCUACGGAGGCCCGGGUGGACUACAUGGGCUCCAGCAUCCUGAUGGGCGUCUUCAGCAACGCCGACCUGCAGCUCCAGGACGAAUGGAAGGUCAACCUGUGUUCGGUGGACACCAGCCUCUCAGAGAAGAGCGUGGUCUUUGUCCACGGCGACCUGCAGUGGGACAUCUUCCAGGUGAUCAUCUCCCGCUCCACCACGCCAGACCUCAUCAAGAUCGGCAUGAAGCUGCAGGAGUUUUUCACCCAGCAGUUCGACACCAGCAAGCGGGCCCUCUCCACGUGGGGCCCGGGCCCCUACCUGCCCCCCAAAACCCCUGUCAUCAACGCGGAGAAAGGCUCCGCAGAGCUGUACGUGGACGCCGCCCACCACCGCCACUGGCCCGGCGUGCUGAAGGUCAUCGCCGGCUGCCACAUCUCCCUGUUCCAGAUGCCUCUCCCCGAGGACGCCGUGCAGCUGGGCGGCUCCAUGAGCCUCCACGGCAACCACAUGACGCUGGCCUGCUUCCACGGGCCCAACUUCCGCUCCAAGCUGUGGGCGCUGUUCCACUUGGAGGAGCCCAACAUCGCCUUCUGGACGGAGGCGCAGAAGAUCUGGGAGGACGGAUCUAAAGACGACUCCACCUACAUCGUGCAGACGCUAGACUUCCACCUUGGUCACAACACCAUGGUAACCAAGCCCUGUGGCGCCCUGGAGAGUCCAAUGGCCACCAUAACCAAAAUCACCCGCGGGCGACACGAGAACCCCCCGCAUGGAGUCGCCACGGUGAAGGAAUGGUUCAACUACGUCACGGCCAUGAGAAACAAAGAGCUCAACCUGCUGAGGAACGUCGACGCCAACACCGAGGAGAGCGGCGCCGCUGCCAAGAGCUCUAGCCUGCUGAGCAACUUCCGGGGCUCCCACACCUACGACCACGAAACCGAGACCAUCUUCGCCCUUCCCAGAAUGCAACUGGACUUCAAGUCCAUUCACGUGCAGGAUUCAGACGAGCCGUCUCUGACGGACUCCAGCAGCAAACCCAAAGUGGAGUGCAGCAUGGUGACGGAGUUCACAGACCACAUCUGCGUCACCAUGGACGCCGAGCUCAUCAUGUUCCUCCAUGACCUGGUGUCUGCCUACCUGAAGGAGAAGGAGAAAGCCCUCUUCGCUCCGCGGAUGUUCGCAGCCCGGCAAGGCCAGAAGAGCCCAACGGCUCCGCAUGACGACAGCGCGGCCUCCGCAGACAAGGACCGAGACGAAGCCAUCAACUACACCACUGUGGACUGGAGGGAGUUCAUGUGCAACACCUGGCACCUGGAGCCCACCCUCAGGCUGAUUUCCUGGACCGGGAGGAAGAUUGACCCGGUUGGUGUGGACUACAUCCUGCAGAAACUGGGCUUCCACCACGCCAGGACUACAAUUCCCAAGUGGCUGCAGCGGGGCGUGAUGGACCCCCUGGACAAAGUGCUGUCGGUGCUGAUCAAGAAGCUGGGCACCGCCCUUCAGGACGAGAAGGAGAAGAAAGGCCGGGACAAGGAGGAACACUGAGGAAACCGGACUGAACCGGAUCUGGUUAACACUAACUGUGCUCAUGUUUUUUUUUACUCUCUGGACUUAAACUGGGAACCACUUUUAGUUGUUGUUCUGAACAAAAUCGCUGCCGUUAGUAUUACUGAACAGUUUGGAAGCGGACGGUCCUACUGGAUCCGACUGAACCGUUUCCCGUACGGAUCAGCGAGCUUCAGCAGCUGCUCCUCGGUUCUUCUGCGAUGAUUGUAAUAAACUGGGAUCAAUAUUUAUGGGUACGUGACGGUGAAGCUCUGCUCGCUCCAUUGUUUUUAAUCUGUGCAGUAGAACUAGUGUAAAUAGAUUUAUUUCUUAAAUGUGUCGAUUUCUUAAUUUAAUAAAACUGCUGCCAUUCAGU